ACGACUCGUAAGAUAGAGGGAGGAAAAAAAAAAGAAGUGUGAGUGCUGCUCCUGUUUACAACAACACAAUGGAGCCGAAACGGUCCAAUAUCACCUGCAAGCGUGUCUUACUGACUGGAUUUACGUUGUGUGUUGUAUUAGUCACAAAACCUGCAUCAGCGAUCGUCGUGUACACCGACCCUGAAGUGACGAUCCAGAACGGCACCGCGGGAAUCCUUCGAUGCACCUUUAAGUCGAACGAAGUGGUCAGCAGCGCCACCACGGUGACCUGGCGUUUUCAGUCCAAUCAGCCCGACAAUCAGUUCUCCAAAGAGCCACAUGUGAUUUUCUACUUUACCAAUGGGAAAGAAUUCCAGGGACCACCUGAGUUCAAAGACAGAGUGCAGUUUAUUGGAGACAUAAACAAAAGGGACGCUUCAAUACAGCUGAGUCCGGCUCAGUUCAGCGACAACGGCACCUUCCUGUGUGACGUGAGGAACCCACCGGACGUACUGGGAAUAUCUGCUCGAAUAGAAGUCAGGGUCGUUCUGGAAGGUGAGUCCGCAGCAAACACAACCCCGCUUAUAGUCGGAGCAGCUCUGUGGUGCUUUUGGUUGCUGCUGCGCCUCAUCGCCAUAGUUGCCUGCUGACUGAUGCAAGUCAUGGCAAAUCGUAACCCUAAAAAUAGAUGUACGUCCUUGGAAAGCGUGAGCUCUCAGGCUCCGAAGCCACGAAAGAAGGUGGAGUCCCGCCUGGAGGGCUUCAGGUCUACCAGUCCCUCGGGUCCACUACAGGGCCCGGUGAUAUACGCCCAGUUGGAUCACUCAGGCAGCAAAAACUCAUUCCAUAAGAUGGAGCCAGUGGUCUACGCUGACAUUCGUAAAAACUGAAGAGUAACUGGGGACCAAAAAAAGAAAUAAAACACAGUAAUGUAUCAGACCUCUCUAUCAGCUGCUCUUGGGAAGGGUGGGAAUAUUUCAACAGGGACAGAAAUUGGUGCAGUUUUCUUUAUAUCAAUCUCUUGUCCUCUGAAAGCAUGACGUUAUAUGAUAAAGUGAUGUCUCCGUGUGCUUUAUUGUAAAGACAAAAAAAGCUAAGGAACACUCUAGUGGAAACUACAUUACUCCAGCAGUCAUCAGGAUUGUUCUAAAAAAAAAAAAUCUGAAUGCCUUCAUAGAUAUCAUUCCACACGUACAAAUAUUUUAUUUUAUUACAAAAAGCUUUGUUUCACAAAAGGUCCUGCAGGUUGUUGCACCAGCUGAACAUAAUUCAACUUCAUUUUAACCUUCUUUUCCCACUAAACUCACUACUUUGUUCAGUUGCACCGUUACUACUUAAGCUACUAAUAUCUUAACGAAGUCGACUCUAAUCAAAGUAUCAACGCAGAAACUAACACGACUAACGAGCAACAUAAAGGGAGAGAUUUAAAAAAACAAAUAGUAUCCUAUCAUGUGAACUAGCUAAUAUAUGUUUCAACACGCGUUUGUCUGAAUCACCUCAUUAUUUAUCACCAAACUAUAGUCUAAUCCAAGUGACGUUAACUGUCCUGCAGAAUGCAGUGUGCAUUUUCAGUAUCAACUUAAGUGUAAAGGGAUGCUGUCUGUCACAAGGUGCUACCUUAAUCAGUUAAUUUAAUAUCAAAAGAAAAGUUAAGCUGGAAAGACACUGUACAAUUUUAUUAAUUGGCCUUUCUGUUUCUUCAUUAUUUGCGUGCUCACGCUCAACGUAAACACAGAAAACUGGAUCAAUUCCAACGCAAACGAGUAUUAAUUUGUGCAAUGCUACUUAAAAAAUAUGGACAAGCUUAUAGCUGGAAACACUGGAAGAAGUCUGUUCAGACACCCAACCAAUCGUCUGACAGUCAGAUUGUUGAAGCAGUUAAUCAGAGGUUGUGACUCCUCAUAAUUGACAUCAGAUGACUGACUGCCUCUCUGAUUUUUAAAAUUAGCCAGAGGAGACCAGUUUGGGUUUAAAGGGGAACUCUCACAGAGUUGUACACUUGUGUUAGGUUUGAAAAACAAAAUAAUAAUCAGGGGACGUGGAGAAAAAAAGUGAGGGUACCCGACAUCUCUGCUUGUGGCUCGAGGCUCCAUUAGACUCUAUGAGCGUAACACACCUGAACCGCAGACCUAAAGGAGCGUUCCAUCUCCCUCGAAAGUCCGAAGUCUGAGCUGGGAAUGCCAUUACACCCGAGUUGGACUGUAAUCCUAGAAGUUGGAAAACCAAGUGCUAGCCAGAAGUGGGACAGUGAAGUCUGUGUACGACAUAUUUAAAGAGAAACAAAAGACAUAAGUCAUCUUGGAUUGUGAGGUCCGGCUUAGUGAGGUUUUUCUGACUUUCCUAGUUGAAAAUCCGACUUCAGGGGGGCGUUCCAGUCGCAAUGUCCGACCGGGAACUCAGAAAUUCCCAAAAUUCAAAUGGAAUGCACCGAAACAGAUGGUGGCCGAGUUGCAUUGUGGGUAAUUGAAGGAAGAAUAAUGCGUCAGAUAGUGUACUGUACAGUGUCUGUCCAGCUUUACACUUUAAGUUAUGUCUUAACUCUUAAUGCUAUGUUGUAACUAAUGUUUCUGCUUCCAUAAUUCCUAAAAAUGACAUUCCAAGUGAGCUUCGUUUAAGUUUACACACAGCUGGUGCAACAGGCUGCUGCUGGGCACUUCCAUCGUGAUCUUGUUUUUUAGGGGCGUAUAAUGUAGACUUUACAUUGCCUUUGGUAUCUUUGCAUGCAGUUAUAAUGACACCUACACUCUUAAAUUUGGUACUCAGAUAGUUGUAAAAGAGAAGAAGCUGUCUGACGUUGUAUUACUGUGAAUGCUUCAGUUUUCCGUAGAGUUCUGGCAUGUUUUGUGGUACCUUUUUUUUUUUGUUUUGUUUUUUUUUUUUUUUGUUUUAAAUAAACUGCCUCCCAUAUGUUUUUUUCACCUCAGAGGAACAUCUUUAACAAGCUCUUGUCUCCUGCCUACUUACUUUUUCAACAAAUUCUGGGUGCUCUAAGUGUCUGUUUGAUUUCAUUUUAUUUUUAAAAAGUGAAUAUGAACACAGGCAAUGCAACCCAGGUAGAGUUUUGUGUUCUGCAUCACACUUUAAGAUGCUUUUCUGCCUGUUUGUAGGUGUGAAAAAUAUAUAAGUUUGCUGCUAGUGGUGAUUACCUGGGCAGUUUUCAGCUUAGUUAUAAGUCAUUUUCAAACGUGCAUGUUAAAACAAAAUGUUCAACUGAGGUGAAAUAUCUCCUAUGAAAACUGGGAGCUCUCAAAUGCUAAAUACACUGUUUGCAUGCAAUUUACUAACAUAACACUCAUUAUUAUGAAAAUAUCCGUCCUCUUUUUCAUCUAUGUAUUGUGUAAAGCUCUUUUUUUUUCAAAACUAAUGGGCCAAAUAUAUUAGGUAAGUUUUUUUCAGAUGCUUUUAAGCUUUAAAACGCAUUCCAAAUUUGUGUAAUUUUCUUUUGUCUUGAAAAAACAUUUAAAAGCCAAAUUUUAUGUUGUAAUUUUCUUCGGUGACCUAUGAGAAUGAUAUUUGUGUUCAGUCUAAAUGCCUUCAGCUUCCGCUCGUGAUUCCGAAUGCAGUAAGUUUCCAUGUUGACCAGUAUUUGUAUAUAUUUCUUGCUCAUGUAAGAUAUAGUGCUGUUUACUGUAACUCAUUCCAGUGUGGUAUGGCUGUGGAUGUCUUUCCAGAGAAGGAGAGUAGUUUGCUGUAGAGGUCUAGAAAGUUGGUGGCUUUUUUCUCUCUUCUUUUAGUCUUAAUUAUUUGUCACCGUACGCUCAAAUAUAUACAGUGCCUGCAGGAAGUGUUGAGCCUGUCGGUUCAAAAUGGCUUCAAUUAAAUUUUCUUCAGUCAAAAGUGUGCACAGAAAAACACAAUGUGACGUUUUUUGAGUUUUAAGGCCCUGUUCGCUUCAGUGCCUCACGUUAAAUCCAUUGCUUAAAAGUGAAAGAAAUCACAUGAUGAUAUCGUUGAACUUUCAGUAACUUAUUUCUUUGGUCACUUGUUAACAGUUGCAGUUACAAAGCAACAUUAUCUGGCUCUUGAGCUGCUAAAUGCUCAAAUUAGUUCACCAGACAGUCUCUAACUGUGUCUUUUUAGCUGAAAACGACACUGUGAGAACUGUAAAGUGGUGCAGACAGUUAAACAAACACUAUAAAGCUCUGUAAAGCUCUGUUAAGCAGAGUGGAACUGCAGGUUCACCAAUACGUUCACAUAUUUGUCAUAUAUCUUGUCAUUUUAUAAGGAUAUCAUGUAAAAAUACAAAUUCUAGCCGCUUUAAAGACAUCCAAGAUGGUUCUAAGCAGGGUCGAUUGUAUCAUUGUGAAUGUCGCUGAUAAUGUAGAUAUGUAUUGCCUUUAUUUAGCCAGUUUCUGCUGUGCUCUCAAUAUGUACCUUACAAGACUAAAAGUCUGUAACCGUAAUGGCUGUAAGCUCAUUACGCAUUAUACAAGUAACAAGUUGCUCUUUAACAUGCGUCAUAGUAACAUGCCAACAUUGGGUGUCUUGGCUUAACAAUUUUGCAAACAUUUAGCAUGUUAGCAAUAAUAAUAGUAAUGAUAAGAUGGCGGGAAUUCAGUUGUUUUAGAGGAAAUGUAGAAAGAAGUGAUCAGGAUUCACCCUCUCAUCCUUUGGAGACCAUGAAUGUGUUUAUUAAUUAUAAAUAACUGACAUGACUGCGUAACUCUGGCCACUAUUAUGUGUACUGUAAUGUUAUUUUCAACCAUACUCUCCUGACUUAACCUAAAAGUCCUUCAGAGUUAUUUCAGUUGUUUUUUCUGGCAGAGUUACGCUUUAACUUAUUUUAAACUGUCCCUACGCGGGAGCUUGAGUACUUAUUUACUCAGAGCGUGUUUUCAUUUAUAACUACCUUCUGAAAAAUAUUAAUUCAAUCCAUUUUGACUGUGGCUGUGACACCACUCAAUGCAGGCACUGUAGUCUUCCAGAUUAGUUUUUUAUCUUCAAUGUAAAAGUCUUUUCUGUUGGUUUCUGUUGGUUUGUUUUGUUUUAGUAGUUAGCAUGAAUUUCAAUGUAUUCACCAACUCAAAAAAGAAAAAAGAAAACAACCUGUAUGAUACCGACGAACCUUUUACUGCUGGUCGCUUUGCUCCUAAUUGUGACUUGUUGCAGUGUUUAGUGCUGUUGUAGAAAUUGUGAUGUAAACUAUAAAUUAUGAAAGAUUUCCAGCUUGACCAAGCUCUACGCGCAAACGUUUGGUGUGUUGGUGUCUUUAAAAAGUUGUGAGUGAAUGCAGGUUGCAGAGUUCACUCCACUCCUGACGAGUCUUAAAGUGCGUGCUUAGUGUUUCUCGAUGGUAAAUAGUUGUGUGUUAUUUGAGAUUUGUUUGGUAUGUUAUGUUGUAAAAUCUGCACUAUGUCUUGCAUAUCAAAGACAACAAAUUCCCUGUGAUUUUUCUUUUUUUUAAUUAUUUUUUGUUUUCGUUCAUCUCGGAAUGACCUUUGGCCUCUGUUUAACGUCUUUAAAACUGGAAUGUUGUACAUUUAGUGCCUUUUACAUUUCAUCAGCUAACUUGAACAUCUGCUCCAAAUAGAAAAUAUAAGAUUCAUUUAUUUUCCUUUUAUUGUACGUAUUUUUUUAUACACAUAAUAUCGCCUCUGUAUCCACUGUUCAAAUUUUAUAUAAAACCUAUUCCUGGCCAAUUA